CUCCACCUCUCGCGUUUCCCGCACCGUCAAUCAAAAUAGAAAAGAAAAAAAAAAAUCGACCCGAAUCUCCGAUCCCAGCCCGCCUUUGAUUAAAACAAUCAUGUUUGGAGUUUAAAUGAACAGAUAGCCCUGAUCUUUUUUAGCCUUUCGCGCUAUGACUGGUACGUAACACUUAAACCGAUCGAAGCACAGCAGCGCCGCCCCAGAACAGCCAGUGAAGCAGCAGGAAAUGGCUGCCUUGGACGCGGACGGCAGUCAGAGCGACUUUAUGCAGCCUGCCGCAGACACCAGCACCACCUCCGCCUCGGACCAGACGACAGACCUCGCGUCCAUCCAGCUCACCGGCUCGUCUGACCGCUGGGAGGUGCUCACCCCGGUUUCCACCGGUAAAGAGGACUCUGGUGUGGUACACUUACCCAGUGGAGGGAUUGUGGGCACCAAUGGGCAGUUUGUAGUGCCACUGCAGACUGUAUCAGGGCAGAGCCAGCCUGUGUUUGUCACUGCCGGGACAGACGGUGUCAGUGCCAACGGCAUCCAGUACCAGGUCAUCCCACAGCUCCAGAGUGCAGAUGCGGCCUCACUAAGUUACACUACGUCCACAGGCGAUGGCGCCACGCUGGGUACGGACAUCGCAAUACUGCCUGAUGGAACGCAAGGCAUCUCCACAACUAAUGCCAACGACCUGCAGGGUUUGCUGGCACAGACUGGACACGUGCAGCAGAUCCCCAGCGUCUCAUUGGCAGGGAGUGGGUAUGCAGGUCAGGGCCAAGUGGUGGCUAACGUGCCAGUCGGAUUGCCGGGGAACAUCACGUUUGUGCCGCUUAACAGCCUGAGCAACGCCGACUUGGAGUCCCUGGGCCUGGCUGGAGCUCAAACCAUCGCUACAGGCGUCACAGCUGACGGUCAGCUCAUUAUGACGGGUGACGGCGUGGUCCAGAACACGUUGGAUAAAACCAACAAUGCCAACAACACAUUCGUUCCGCCAACAUCGACCUCCACUUCCACCGCCGCCUCGCUUCCCGAGACGAUAGAUGGCACAGGGGUUCUGACCCAAGCUACGGCUGUUUCGGCUGGUCAGCAAGAUCCGUCCUUCAUCCAACAGAACCACGUGCCUACCUCCGUGCCUGGUGCUGUGCCUGCAAACACAGACCCGGUGGUGCAGCUGGUGCCUGCGCAGGCGGCAGAUGGUGCAGCACAGACGCUACAAAGCGUUCAGCUGCUCAACGCAGGCACCUUUUUAAUCCAGGCACAGACAGUCUCGCCUACAGGCCAGAUCCAGUGGCAGACUUUCCAAGUGCAGGGUGUGCAGAACCUACAGAACCUGCAUAUACCUGGUGCUGGUGGAAUGGCAUCACCGCAGAUCACUAUCGCCCCUGUGCAGACGCUGGCACUCGGGCAGCCUGGCACAGGCAUGCCUGCUGGACACAUCCCUAACCUGCAUACAGUCACGGUCAACUCCAUCUCACAGGCAGAACACACCAUGGAGAAUACACACACAGACAUUCACAUCAAGGAGGAACCGGACUCUGACGAUUGGCCACUGAGCGGAGACUCCACCCUGAACACCAGCGACCUAUCACACCUCCGCGUACGAAUGCUAGAUGAGGAGACGGAAGGGUUAGGACAGGAGGGGAAGAGGCUCAGAAGAGUGGCUUGUACCUGCCCUAAUUGCAAGGAAGCCGGGGGGAGAGGCUCAGGCAUGGGCAAGAAGAAGCAGCACAUUUGCCACAUCCCUGGUUGUGGGAAGGUGUACGGUAAAACGUCUCACCUGCGUGCUCACCUGCGCUGGCACUCGGGCGAGAGGCCCUUCAUCUGCUCCUGGAGUUACUGCGGAAAGAGAUUCACACGCAGCGAUGAGCUUCAGCGUCACCGCAGGACACAUACAGGAGAGAAGAAGUUUGUGUGUCCACAGUGCUCAAAGCGCUUCAUGCGCAGCGACCAUUUGGCCAAACACAUUAAAACUCACCUGAACAAAAAAGGGCUAAACUCCACCCCUGCAGCAGGGCAGACGGAAGCCACCGCCCCUCAGGACAGCAUCAUCACCGGGGGCGGGGCCACACUCAUCCUGACCAACCUGCCUCAGGCUGGCACUCAAGACCACCUCUCAAACUCUGACCUCCCGCUUCAGCUGGUCACUGUGUCUGCCAAUGAGGUCAUGGAGUGACCCCAAAAAAGAAAAGAAAAAACCCCACCCACUUUCACAGCUGGCUUUUCAUUAUCAAUUUUUAUAUAUAGGAAAAAUAUAAAUAUAUAUAUGAAUAUAUAUUUUAAAAAAUGAAUUAUCAAUUUAUGCUCUGUAGCAGUCUUUUUUUGUACAAACGGGACGGGGGGGGUGCAGAGACAUUAAAUGUGGUGUGGGUACAUACACACACACACACACACACUCUCUCGUAUACAUGCAUAUACAGUAUAUAUGAAUACACACUAACACAGAAAUGCCUUAUUUUGUAUCAUAUCAUUCUCUGUAGUAUAUGAUGCUGGACUUGCAUGGAUUUUUACUUUCUUUUGAUCAAAUUGUUCAGGGGAUGAUGAUAUGAGUGUGGUAUGAAAGAUAUGGUACAUGAGGUGUGUGUGUGUGUGUAAGGUGAGAGAGAGAGAGGAAUAAAGAGUAAUAUUUUAUAUGAAUUUGGCAGUUGAAGAGGGAAGCGACGUCCUCAGAGGAGAGAUUCUUUCUCUCUAUCUCUCUCUAUCUCUCUCCCUCCCUCCCCUCCCUCUGUCUCUCUCUUUCUCUCCCUCUCCCACCCUCUCUCUCCUCCCCCUCUGUGUCCUUCUCUCUCCCUCUCUUUCUCUCCUCCCUCCCCCUCUGCCUCCCUCCCUCUCUCUCUCUCUCUCUCUCUCUCUCUCUCUGCCCCCCCCCCACGCCCUUCUCCCUCCCUCCCCCCAGCCUCGGUCCAAACACGUCUUCACUCUUUCAUCACGUUUCAUUUCACUCUUGUGUAUUGAAUUCUAUCAUGAUUGGAGGAUUUGUCUGUUUUUUAUUUCUGACUUUUAUCCUGUCAUCCGUAUGCAACUCGGUUGUCCAUGUAAUACUAUUUUCAAAAGUUUUUUUUCUUUUCCUCUCUCUCUCUCUCUCUCUCUCUCUCUCUCUCUCUCUCUCUCUCUCCAUGAUGUUUUCUUGUUUUCUUCCUUUUGCAUUUGUUUCCUCUCCAUUCCCCACGAUUGUUUAUAGCCAUCAUUUAUUUUAGUAUAUAACUGAUUCUGUUGUAUCAUGGACUCCUCGAUUUAAGUACUUUUUAAAUGUGUAAUAUUUUAUGUUACUUUUAUACUUUUGUUUGUUUUUUUUGUUUUUGUUUUUUUCAAAUGGAAUUACAAUUAAACUCCAAAUACUUCCUAUAACCUUUGAUACCUAAUGUUCAUUGAUUACUAAAGAGGUGCACUGGUGUGUGUGUGUGUGUGUGUAGAGGGUAUGCUUAAUGAAUGGAAUGCU